CCAGGUCCUGAUGAAAGGAAGUCAGAGCUGCUGCCCGCCGGCUGGGAAGCCAACAAGGAGGUGUAUACACUGCGCUACAAGUCCACGGACAAUGCCCAUGAGCUGCUGCUGAAGGCCAUCAUGGUGGAAGACAGUAUGAUCCUCAAUGUCAUGGAUCGUAGUUCUCAGAAGGUGGCAGAUGUGACCUUGGCAGUGGCAGACUACAUCAACCCGGAGCACCUGGACGAUUUCCACAAGGUGUACAAGAACACUGAGGAGCUGCGGACAAGGAUUGCUUCGGGCAUCAUUGCUCCCCUCACGGCCCCCACAGAAAAGGCCAAAAAGGAGCCUGAAGCUGAGAAGAAGGAUCCUGACUUGCCCCGGGAUUACGACCCCCUCAGGGUCCCUCCCCGGCAGCCAGCAGGCACGAGAGCACCUUCCUGGCCUUCCCCCUUGAGCCCCUUCGCUGUUGGUGGGGAAGACCUGGACCCUUUUGGAGGUCGGAGUGGGGGAAUGAUCGUGGAUCCUCUCCGGUCUGGCUGCCCGCAGCCCGGCAUUGACCCAUCGUCAGGCAUUCCAGGCCAGCUUCCCCCGGGAGCGGUUCCACCAGGUGCCAGAUUUGACCCCUUUGGCCCAUUAGGAGCUGGUAGAUCUGGGCCAGAUCCCGACCACCUUCCCCCUCCGGGCUAUGACGACAUGUUCAUGUGA